UCCGAUUCCAUGACUAUAUCAUCAACGUGAUGGAGUUGUCCGUCGUUGCCCAGCAUGUCAAUGCUUGUCAAGAGACUUUGCAGUUGCAGCCUGUUAUUCCAGCAAACGUGGCAUGGGCUUUAUGCAGACUAUAUCAAUGUUGCAGAUGAAGUGCUUCUGCCGCGGAUUCGCACUGCUGAGCCAUGGGAGACGGCGUCGGAGAUUGGAAGGUAUCGCUGGCGCAGCCGCUUUUGCAGCAACGCGGGGAUCGUGGAGCUCACUGAUUUGGAUGGCACGUCUGCUGAUGACACCACGGUCGGCCGGCUGAAAGGCCUGGCGCUGAAGGGUGCUGAAGCGCAUGAAGUGCCCUUGAUCUCGGUGGCCUCAGCGGUGGUGGAGCACUGGGAGGUGCUGCAGGAGCUUCGUGCUUGGCACGUGGGAAGCUUCGCCGCCCACCUGGCCUUGCGGAAGGGUGGGCUGCGCGUGCUUCAUGGCGAAAGCUUGGAGGAGGUCCGCCUCAAAUACGAGGACAGUCCAUGGCGACAGCGAUUGCUGGUCGAUGACACGAAUCCGAAAGCUCAGCUUUGCAGUUGUUUUGGUAUGUUUUGGUCUUGGUGCUCUGCUUUUCUCUUCCUUUUUCGGGUGUGGAGUGGGACCGGAAUGUACUGCGUAGGAGCGGCGACGAAGGAUGCGGUCCGCAAGUGUGUGAUAGAUCCCUGGCUCGGCGGUGUGAGCUUCCUUUUGGGCAGCAGAGUGAAAGCUACUUUGUGGGACAUGGUCCGCUCGGACGAAGUCCUGAUCGCCCCUUGCCGCCGUCCAGAUGCUGGAACCACAGUGGGCAUCGUUUACUUCCCUGAAGGCUGCUACUAUUUGCUGCAGAAGUCCACCGCCACCAGGCCUCCCGGCUUCUUUGCCACCCACCAUCGCCGACCCGCGCGGGUCUUGGUCCCAAGCUUCCGGGAGCUGGGUGACCAUGGCGUGGGCGUGGGUAAUGCGCUCUUCACCUUGGCCGCAGCCAUGAGCUUGGCUGCGGAUCACAACCUGAGCUUCCGCUUGCCGGUGAGCAUCUCCUGGUUCCGCUACUCCGAAGAUGGCGGCAUUUUUUCGGAGUUGCCCUCAUCGUUUUGGUACACCAGCUUGAAUGACAUGGAUCAGAUCGUCGGCAGCCCUUCGCACAUGCGCUACGCGGAGCCACAGGUCCGAUCAGAUGCUCGAAAGGUGGUGGUCCAUGGAUACUUCCAAGAGAUCCGCUAUUUCCAUCAUCAUUUUCCUGUGCUUACAAGUAUCCUUUUUCCUCCCAGUUUGGACGCGCAGGCGAGAAGUGCUUGGAGCUCCCGGCAGCCACGCAUGCCGCAAAGAACGCACACAGAGGCCAUCCAGCACCUAGCUGUACAUGUGAGAUUCAAUCACGGUGGGCGUUUGAGCACAUCUUAUUUCCAAGAGGCCAUUCGCAUCGCCAAAGAGCAACUGUCCAUUGCGCGGAUGGGCUGCGUCUUCUUCACCAAUGAGCCAAAGAAGCUUCAGAGGCGCUGGAAGACAAAGGUCUGUGGCAAGGAUCAUGCAACCUUCAACGACCUGAGCUUGCGCGAUGAUGUGGUCUUGGCGGUGAUGGCCAUUUGCUGCGCAGGCAUCGUGCUGAGCAAUUCGACCUUCAGCUGGUGGGCUGCCAUUUUUGGGGGCUACAAGGUUGUGCUGGCGCCGGAGAUGUCUGGAGACGGGCCCUUUCGACUGGGGCGUGCCGCUGGUUGGACCCAGAUCGGACCAAAAGGGGUGCAGCGGUGGAUUUUUUGCGCCACGUGAUUCUGCGCCUGCGAGCAUGUCAACGUGAAGAUUUGCGGCAACAAAC